UCCAAGCCGAAACACCACGGGCUGGGCUCUGAUUCAGGGUCUCCUUCACCCUCCACAAUUCCCAACCCACGAAACAAAGUAAAAACAUUUCCCAAAAAUUCCGCCGGGAGGAGGGACUGCAGCUGUCGAGGGGAGAUUGACCGGUGGUCUCCUAAGGGUCUCUCUCUCUCCAGCGGACAAGGAUCUAUCUACAGCCUUGAACAGAAAAGUCACCCGCUGACUGCUGGAGGGGCCUCAACUCACCCACCCCUAAAAGAAACAUUUCAGUCUGGGGAGGGUCGCGACGAAAAAAGUUUCUUUCAAGGGAAAAAAGUUAGAGGUAUGGUAAAACUUCUUACUCAUUGAAAACUUUUACUUAGUACAAUAAAAAAGUUUAGGAGUUUAAGAUCGUUACUUUUCUUGGAGAAAUUUAAGCCCCCAACAAACAUCUUGUUGACUUGAGUUCUUCCCUCUCUCUUGCAUUGAUUUUUUUUGGAUUUAAUUCGAUCAAAGUUGUCCCAAGCCUUUGAACUUGCGAGGAUGAACAGAGUUUCUCCAGGAUUCCUCCUCUUCCCGGUUUCUCACGCGUCCUUGUACUAAUCGAGGGCUAACCCCCAGCAUGCACGCCAGCCGAGCCGAAAUCGCCCUCAAGGAGGACACCAAGCGCAGCGCCCUGCAUAUCGCGGGGCGGGUCAGACUGGCCCCCUACGGCCCCGCCAUCUCCGCCAAGAGGCCGAAGAUCCACGGGGACCAAGUGGUCCCCGAGAUCCGCAGGCGAGAGUACGGCCAGCAACCCGCCUUCGUCAGGAAACUGAGGAACGCGGCAGUGGGUACGGGCUGCGACAUCAGGCUGAAGGUGUCGGUGGCCGGCAACCCCCUGCCGACACUGAACUGGUUCAGGAACAAUACCCCGCUGCCCCCCGACGCCGACGACUACGGGGCGCUCUCGAUCCGGGACUGCAAGUCUACUGACGCCGGAGUCUACACCUGCAUCGCCCGCAACGCGCACGGGGAAGCUCGCACCUCGGCCGUGCUCGCUGUUCUGGAAGUGGAAGACUCGGAGGAAUGCGGUGAAGAGGAGGUGUUUGAGGUGCAGAAGACAGAACCCUCCCGGGAACAGCAGGGACCUCAGAGUGUGGUCCGAAGAGUGCCCACAGGAGGAGAGCUCGAGUGUUUCACAGACUCGACCUCGGAGAGCACCCCCUCCUCACUGCGGACCGCCCCCGAGCACCAGGUGACCCCAGAGGCCCCGGGCACUGGCCAGCAAUCGCCGGCGUGGAGUUGGAGCGCGGGGGUGGGAGGACGCGAGGAGGAGGCGGCGGAGGAGGAGCUCCGUGCCAGCCCAGCCCAGGGGAGCCCCGUGUCGGAGGCCCCAAGGCAAGCAGCGCAGACCGGCCACGCUCACGUCCGGCACCUGGGAGUUGAGCCACUUCUUCGCGCCUCCCGUUCUAAUCUGGCCUGUAGUAGCUGGGGUUCGGAAGACAGCCUGUCUGUUACUAGCGAUGUGUACGGCAGCAUGUUCAGCCUGUACAGAGGGAAACCCUUGUUUAUACCUGUGGAACUCUGUGAGGAUUCACUGGUCAAGAGCCACCUCGAGGGCCCCCUGGACGCAGGCCUCAGUCGGAACCCAAUGGCCCAGACACAAGGAGCCCAGCCUGGAGGCCCCCCUCUUGCCAGCCUGAAGGGGCGCCCAGCCAAUCCCAGGUUCCCGUCAGCCAGCCCUCUGACCCCGCGGCGCAGGCUCAGCACACCGGCCGAGUACAGCGACACGGUCCCGGUGGAGUUUCAGGACAAGGCCAAGAAGCCGAAGGUGGAGGGCGAGGCCGGGGAGAGCAGUCGCGGCCCGUCUCCCGCCCAUUCCCGCUCGGGAUCCAGGGUGCUGGAUCGGGCGGGGGGCCUAGAUUUCUUCCCGGAACGUCGGCGGAGCCUGGAGCUGGCUGACGGGCAGGCCUGGCCUGGAUUCAGGAAGUCCCGCUCCUUUGACCAGGCGGACUCCCGUGGUGGCAGCGGGUUGGGGAGGCGGCGCCAGACCUCCCUCUCCGACCUGCUGCAGGCGGAGGGGGUUGGGGCGGAGCAAAGGCGUUCCCUCUUCCGCCGCAAGGCAGCCUCCUUCGAUGAACCCAGGGCCCGGGACUUGGAGGCCAAGAUUGCCGAGGAACUGAACCGCAUCAAGAGGGCAGCGGCGGGCUCCCCGUCCAGGCCAGCGCUGAGGUCACCCCUCCUCGAGAGGGCCGUCAACCGGGAGCUGUCGUUGCGCAAAGCAGUCUCGGGCCUGAAACCAGAAACCCCGCGCAGGAGCCUCGAGAGGCUGACGGCCCCCAGUCCCUCUCCUCCUCCCACCCAACACGAGGCCGCUGCCGAGCCACGGCAGGUGUCCGCUGGUCCCCUGGAUUUUCCACGUCUGGCAGAAUUCCGUCCAACACCCAGCCCAGCCCGGCAGGCUGUGGACCUGUCCCGGCCCCCUCUUGCCAUGGAGAAGGUCAGGAAGAUAACCCUGGCCCCUGAUACUUGUUCACCGAUCGCCACCAAGCCAGGGGUGGGCGGGGGCUCUGGUCUGAGCCUAAGGGGACCCUCACCUCCCAUCUCUGGAGAGACCCCGUUCCUGACCAAUGCUGGGCCACCUAGGCCAGAGGGAGCCAGUCUGGGUCCAGCUCCACCAGAGAGUUCUCCAAGGCUCGGCCUCACGCCCCUUAGCCCUGCAGGUGAGACUGGCGUGCAGGGAGGCAUGAACCCUCGGACCGUCUCCAGGGCCAUCCGGGAGAAGGAAGAAAGUGUGAGAGAGGAGGUCAGAGCCCCAGCGUUGGAGAAGUCGGCCCGUAAAUCAUCCAGAGGGAAAUUCAAGAAAUCUCGCCCUGUGUCUCCAGAACUGGAAUCCUCAGACGACUCCUAUGUCUCGGCUGGUGAGGAUCCCUUGGAGCCACCAGUGUUUGAAAUCAGCAUCACUGACGCAGUGGUCGCAGUGGGAUCUGCUGUCCUCUUGAAAUGCAUCAUCACUGGAACCCCAUUGCCUGAAGUAACGUGGAAGAAAGACGGGGAAAUCCUCAAAACCAGCCAGACGCACAUCCUCAAAGCAGAAGGGGAGAGACACACCCUCUUCAUCCCCUCAGCUACGAUGUUGGACGGCGGCCUGUACUCUGUCAGUGCAGCCAAUGAGGUCGGCUUGUCCAGCUGUUGUGCCUCAGUCCAGGUUCGGUCAGAUUCCGCCACUGACUCUCGGUCCCAACCCAUCCCGGCUGAGCUCUACAGCCCCAUCACCUCGGACGAGGAGUACCUCAGCCCCUUGGAGGAGCCCAGCGACCUCGCGUACAAAGGCAGGCAGGCUGUGCUGCCACGCGAGGCUGAGGGGCAGCGAAGUGCAGACGAGCGGCAGACUGUCAUCAGAAGCCACUUCAAAGCCCCGCCCACCUUUGAGGUGCCUUUGAGCAACCAGACUGCAGUGGAAGGAGAGAACGUUAGUCUGACCGUGUGCGUGCAGGGCGAGCCAAAACCUAUCAUUUACUGGCUACGGAACCGGGAGCCGGUGAAGGCCGACAGCCGCCACCACAUGCUGGAGGGUGAGGGCGGACGGUUCCACCUCAAUAUCAUGGCCGUGCAGAGGUCCGACUCUGGAAUGUACUCCUGCAAGGCCAUCAAUGAGUAUGGCACCAAACAGUGCAGCAGCAAACUGGAGGUGAAAGGCCACCGCGAUGCACAAGUGUUGGCAAUCAUGGCCCCGGCUCGGGACAUCACAGUGAAUGCCGGAGAGUCAGCCUUCUUCGAGUGUGAGGUGCGCGGCCCCCCUGAAGUUGACGUGGACUGGCUGACCAACGGGAAGCUGGUCCAGCCCGCACUGCUGAACUGCAAGAUGCACUUUGACGGCAAGAAGUGCAAGCUGCUCCUAAAUUCGGUACACGAGGAUGACUCUGGAGUAUACACCUGCAAAGUUAGCACGGCAACAGAUGAGAAGACCUGCAGUGCCCAGCUGACAGUACUGCCCUCCGUCCCUCCGCUCUUCACUUGGAAGCUGGAAGACGUCUUUGUGAUCGAGGGCAGGACAGCCCACCUCGACGUAAAAGUGAGCGGGACCCCUGCCCCCACCGUCAUCUGGAUGCACUUCGGUGAGAAGAUUGUGGAGACAGACGAGGUACGGAUCGUGAGAGACCGAGGGUUGCAUUCCCUGCUCAUCAUGCAUGCCGUGUCUGAGAACGAGGGAGAAUACUCUGCCAUUGCCCAGAACGCUCACGGCGAUGCCUUCUGCUCAGCAGAGCUCUACGUUGAGGAGCCACGACCAAUCAUGGCAUCACCAAUGGCCAAGCUGGAGAAGAUGCCGUCCAUUCCCGAGGAGCCGGAGAUCCCGGAGAACGAGGUGGAGCGGUUCACCAUGCCGGACUUCAUCAGGUCCAUCCAGAACGUGGACGUGACAGAGGGGAAGGACGCGGUGCUGGAGUGCCAGGUGACGGGGCUGCCCUACCCCACCAUUAGCUGGUACCACAACGGCCAGAGGCUGCAGAGCACCGAGGACAGGAGGAUGACGCAGUAUAAAGACAUCCAUCGCCUAGUCAUACGCAACAUCGACCAUUCGCACGCUGGCGUUUACAAAAGUGUGAUAGCGAACAAGGUGGGGAAGGCCACUAGUUAUGCCCACAUCUACGUGUCUGACGUUGUCCCUGCCCCUCCCAGCGGGCCGCCAGUGGUGGUGGGAGUGACCGGUCGUACCGUCACCCUCCGGUGGAACAAACCGAAGAAACUUGACCCGGCAAUAGAUCCCACCAGCCUAACGUACGUCAUUCAGAGCCAAGUGCUGGGAUCUGCUCAGUGGCACAUCCUGAAAACUAACAUCCGGGACACCAGCUUCACCAUCCAGUCUCUGAACAAAGGCAUCCAGUACCUCUUCCGCAUCCAGAGCGCCACGUCCAAGAGCUGCAGCAAACCUUCAGCAGUGUCCGAGCCCGUCAAGCUACUGGACAGAGGCCCGUACCUGGAGGAGGCUCCCAGCUUCAUAGACAAACCAGAUGUGGUGUUUGCCGUGGAGAACCAGAGCACUUCUAUAAUCUGUACGCUGAACUACGUGCAGGCAGACGUCACCUGGACCAGGAACGGUGUGGAGCUGACACACCGACCUCGGGUGUAUGAGCUGAGCAUGACCGAUGAUGACCAGCACAUGCUGAAGAUGGUGAGGGUCAGCAAGGCUGAUGUUGGGGAGCUGGUGGUCUCAGCCAGGAACCAGCACGGAGAGGACACCUGUCGAAUCCUCCUUCACCUGGCAGAGGCGCCACGGUUUGAAUCUAUAAUGGAAGAUGUGGAGGUGAGGCCGGAGGAGACAGCCAGGCUGGCUGUUGUGGUAGAAGGGAAGCCAGUGCCAGAUAUUCACUGGUACAAAGACGACACCUUGCUGAUGGAGAGCAGUCACCUGUCCUUCGUGUACGAUGACAGCGAGUGCUCCCUGGUGAUCCUCAACACCACCGCGUCUGACAGCGGCGUCUACACCUGCACGGCCCACAACCUGGCUGGGGAGGUGUCCUGCAAGGCAGAGCUGACUGUGCAGAAGGGAAAAGCUGAGAGCAAUGAAGCAAUGGACGAUGAAGAGACAAUCCUGCGGAAGAUGAGACUGCUGACUGACUACUAUGACGUCCACCAAGAGAUUGGCCGCGGUGCAUUUUCCUGCGUGAAGCAGGUCACGGAGAAGAGCAGUAACCUCGACUAUGCGGCCAAGCUGGUCUCCUUUCGCGCCACUCCCAGGGAGGAUGCCAUUCGGGAGCUCGAGAUCUUAUCCCGCCUCGACCAUGAGAGAAUCGUCUACUUCCACGAUGCCUUCGAGAAGAAGAACAGUGUCACCAUCAUCCUGGAACUCUGUGCUCAGGAGGAGCUGUUUGAUCGAUUGAUCAAGAAACCCGUUGUUUUGGAAACUGAGGUGAGGUCCUACAUACAACAAAUACUGGAGGGAAUCAGAUACCUGCACCAGAACAACAUCCUUCACCUGGACAUCAAGCCUGAUAACAUCCUCAUGGCCGACCUGGCCAGUGAGAACAUCCGGAUCUGUGACUUCGGGAACGCUCGGGAGUUCACUCCGGACACGCCACAGUACUGCCUGUUCGGGACACCCGAGUAUGUCUCGCCAGAGAUAGUGAAUCAGACUCCCGUCUCACGGGGCACUGACAUCUGGCCCAUGGGAGUCAUCGCCUACAUUGGGUUGACAGGGAUCUCGCCAUUCGCUGGAGAGAACGACAGGUCCACCUUGUUGAACGUGAAGAACUACAAUGUGGCCUUCGAGGAGAAGAUGUUCACGGACCUGAGCCGGGAGUCAAAGGACUUCGUCACCAGGCUACUGGUGGAGGACAGACACCGGCCGUCUGUAGAGGACUGCCUCCAGCACGCAUGGUUUUCGAGUACCUGCAUGGUGAGUGGGAAUGUGAUCAGCACGGACAAUCUGAAGGCGCUGGUGUCCCGAAGGAAGUGGCAGCGCUCCCUCAUCAGCUACAAGUCCUCAAUGGUAGUUCGGUCCAUCCCUGAGCUGCUGGCUGACCUGUUGGGCCCCGGCAGCCUCGGCCUGCCCCGCCAGCUGCGGGAGCCACGCCUCUCUUCUUCCUCAGAUUCAGAUGAAGUGGAUGAGCUGCCACCACUCUUGCCUGUCCCUGUGCCAAUUCCAGUGGAGCCUACGAUAUCCCGGACACCCCUGCGCUGUCUCCGCAGUCCAGAACAGGAGGAGGGGAGCCCAGCCAUUGCCACAGGGGAGGAGCGAAUCUCACAGGCCCGAAUCAGUGAGGGGGAGGCAAGCCAAGACACGGUUGGCCAGACCGGACCUGAGGCCACGCCUGCAGUCCUCAUCUCCCCCUCGGAGCAGGAGCCACGGGCGAGGCCAGGCCUGGGCCUCAGUGCUGAGGCCCCGGAGCGGCCCUCUCAGCGUCGAAGGGGCGAGUUCCGACGUGGCAGCUCAGCCGACUCAGCCUUGGCCCUGCUGGGGUCUGGGUUGGGCAGCUCAGAGGCCGGGCCGGGCAGGCAGCCUCCAUCUCCAGUGGCCGGGGCCCUGAAGAAGUCAAUGUCUAUGGAGCUGCCACGAAGGAGCCCAAGCCCUGGAGCCCGUAGGCCUGAGGAGGUGGGUGGUAGGCGGCGGGGAGCACCAGGCACAGAGGACUACAGUCUGAAGCUAGAGCUGCUGCGGCAGCGGCUGUUGAGGGCGGGCUCAGUGGAUGGCAGGAUGAGUGGCCUACGCGGGCCACUGCUGGAGCGCCUGGGCCUACCUGAUGGCGAGUCCGGACCUCCAGGGCCAUCGCCACUGCAGAGUACCACCAUUGAGCGCCAAGCCCCAAGGCCUCCCAGACCACAGCCUCCACGGCUGGCGCGGGCUGCCUCCAGUGAGACAGCCCCAGGGCCGGAGGAGCCUGAACGCCGAUCACUGCGCAAGACAGCCUCCUUCUCACAGGCCGAGCCCCCCUCCCUGCACCGGCGGAUAGGAGCUCCAUUGGAGAUCCCCCUGAGAUCCAGUGCAACACGGACCCCCAGCCCAGAGCCCCGGUUCCCGCUCAGGGAGUCGCCAUCACUCUCAGCCCUGAGUGAGUCACCUGCCGGGCCCAUUGCCCCACCCAGAGCACCCAGGCCUCCGGGGCCUCAGGCCCAGGCAGCACCUGGGACACCUGAGGCCGAUGGACCCUGCACCAGGGUAAUGAUCGGAAAGACUGCAGUGGUCACCCACAGCAACCUGUCCCCUGAGCCUCCCUUACUUCAGGCUGGUCCCGAACCAUUAAUUCAGGGCCACCCUGAACCAUUGCCCCAGGCCUAUUCUGAGCCUCCUUUAGCUCAGACCCAGCUCACAGUAACUUUAUCCCAAGCUAGACUUGAACCAUCUCAUCAGGCCCAGCCCGAGUCUUUACCCCAGGCACAACCUGAGCCUCUCUUAAACCAGGCUCAACCCACAGUAACUUUAUCUCAGGCCAAACCUGAACCAUUACCUCAGGUGAGGCCUGAACCUUUAUCCCAGGCCAAACCUGAGGCAGCCUUAUCCCAGGCCAGACCAGAACUAUUACCUCAGGCCAUACCCAAGCCUUUAUACCAGGCUCGGCCACAGCUCAUACCCCCCAUCACAGAUGAGCCCCCCUCCUCUCCCCUCAUGCUGGAACCCAUCACUCCACCUCCGGGCUUCCGCACAACAGAUCUGGAGAGCAGCCUAGGUAUGGUGUCCAGAUCCCGGGAGGAGAUCUCAGGAGGCCCUGAGGAUGCAACCAGGGAGGGUCGCCCGGUCAAGGCCAAGGCAUCCAGCGUGGCCCAGUGCCUGAACAUUGAAAACAUCGAGUCUGAGGAAGUGUUUGAGGCGCGAUUCAAGAGGAGCAAGGAAUCGUCCCUCAGCCGAAGCCUGAAGCACCUGAUGAGGCCCAAAUCGGAGGAGAAGGUGGAACGACUAACCGAAGCCAGGGACGCAAUGUACAGGCCUGGGGCCGGGGGUGAGCCCUUGCAGCUGGUUAAGGCCCAGGAGCCCCUGGCAGACCAACGGGAGAGCAGGUCCAGGUCUGAACAAUGCCUUCCAGAAGCCUCGAAGGACCCCGGCUUCAUCAGAAAGCUGUCACUGCGGCUGAAGGGUGACAACAAGGAGGAGAAGCUGAGGGCAGGUGUCCUAACCAAGCCAUCCCAGCCUGCGGGGAAAGGCAGCGGGAUGCAGAGGGAGGAGUCAGCAGGGGAGCACCAUGAUCCCGAGGGGCUCCGGAAGCAGGCCAAGAGCUCACCAGGGAUGACCAUGCGGAGGAAGAUUGAGUCGACAUUAACGGGCAUCUCCCUGCGCUUCGCCCGUAGCCAGUCAGAGGAGAGGGUGCAGGAGACCCCCGCACGAGCUGAUCCCCCUGUCCAGCGCCAGGCCAAGGAAGGCAAGCGGCCCUUCCUGUCCCUGCUGAGACGCUCAACCUCAGAGGCAGGCUCGCUGAAGAAGGUGGGCGUCCCUCAGAACCAGCUGGCCGCGCAAACCCACUCCGCACCCUCCUCCGAGUCCCUGCAGUCGGAUGUCAGCUUGUCUGCCAAGCAGGAGAGAGCGUCCGUGCACGGAGAACGCAAGUCCCGGUGGGACCGAUGGGGAUUCUCGCGAAUGCGAAGGGAUAAAGCAAUAUCACAGCCCAACAUCUCGCUCGCCGUAGCUGCUGAGGAUGUCUCGACGGUAUAUCAUAGGAGUGCCUCAGAUUUCCCACCCGUCUUCCAUGUGAAACUGAAGGACCAGAUGCUGCUGGAAGGUGACGCCCUCACCCUGUGCAGUUUGCCAGCAGGGAGCCCAACUCCUGUCGUCACCUGGAUGAAAGACCAGAAGCCCCUGCUGUCCGACGAGCGGGUGAAGGUCGUCUCGAGUGCCGAUGGACGGCAGCUGGUGACCAUCCUGAAGACCACGAGAACAGAUGUUGGGGUCUACGAAUGCACGGCCUCCAAUGCCUUGGGCACAGCUGCCAGCUCCUGUACCGUAUCCCUCGCGCGUCUACCUGGGCAACCAGGACCCCCUGAGAUCCCUCAGAAGUACAAGAACACAGCGUUGGUCCUGUGGAAGCCAGCCGACUCACCUGGUCCAUGCAGCUACACCCUGGAGCAGAAACUCAAAGGGGAGGAGCUGUGGAAAGUGAUGGCUACUGGGAUCGCCGACUGCUUCUACAAUGCCACCGAGCUGACUGAGGGCACAUUCAAGUUCCGAGUCACCUGUGUCAACAAAGCCGGGCAGGGACCCCACAGCCGAAGUUCGGAAAACAUUGUCAUUGAGGACGAGAAGCCGGCUGCGAGAGAGCCAGAGCCGGCAGCAACAACAACAGCGGCCCCUACAAUCUCUCCAGUGCCCGUGUACUCUGCCAGGGUGAAGCCAGCCGUCCCUGUCGUGAUUCCCACCUCCAGCCCCUCAAUGGUAGCGACCACUGUACCAGCAAAGAUGACAGCCCUCUCCCCUUCUCGAUUCCACUCCAACCUCACGAGCACAGUGACGCCCAUCCCACCCAAACCAGCAGCCCCCACCCCACCCAUCUCACCGGUACCAGCCGCCGUAUCGCCACUCCCACUGCCCUCGGUCGCCCCCGCCCCCUCCCCCAGCGUCUCCCCGGUGGGACAGGAGCCCUCGGCAUCACCCACCCGGCUCUCCCCCACCUCCAAACCGGCAGACGGCACGGGACUCAGGCACGGGGUCCCGCAGAAACCAUAUACCUUCAUGGAAGAAAAAGCCAGAGGCCGUUUUGGUGUGGUCCGAGAAUGUAAAGAAAACUCCACUGGGAAGAUUUUCAUGGCUAAGAUUAUCCACUACGAAGGAGAGAACAAACAGACAGUCCUCCAAGAGUAUGAGGUCCUCAAAGCCCUCCACCACGAAAGGAUCAUGUGUCUCCAUGAAGCCUAUGUCACUCCUCGAUAUCUGGUACUCAUCGCAGAAAACUGCAUGGGCAAGGAGAUACUCUACAGUCUGAUUGACAGGUUUCGGUACUCGGAGGAUGAUGUGGUGGGAUAUAUCCUUCAGAUCCUGCAGGGACUGGAAUAUCUCCACAGUCGCCGGAUCGUCCACUUGGACAUAAAGCCUGACAACAUCAUCGUCACCUUCCUCAAUGCCGUCAAGCUGGUGGACUUUGGCAGUGCCCACUUCUUCAAUCCGAUCGUGCCUAGGGCCCUGGGGCAUCGCGUGGGCACACUGGAAUACAUGUCUCCUGAGAUGAUGAAGGGCGACCCCAUCGGACCACCGGCUGAUAUCUGGGGUCUGGGCGUGCUGGUCUACAUCAUGUUGAGUGGGCGAUCGCCCUUUGCUGCAACAGACCCAGAGGAGACAGAGAACAGAAUAAAGUCGGCACAGUUUGACCUCACCAAGUGCUACCCUAACGCCUCACAGAAUGCCGCACACUUCCUCAAACGAAUGCUCUGCAUGUUUCCAGCGUCUCGUCCCUCAGUAAAGGAGUGCCAUGCCAACCCCUGGAUGCAGGACAACUACCUUAUGAAGCUGCGGAGACAGACCCUGACCUUCACCACCACCCGACUGAAGGAGUUCCUGGUCCAUCACCAGCGCAGGAGAGCCGAGACCCUCACCAGGCACCGGGUCCUGCUCCGCAGCUACAGCGGCAUCUCCUCACGGCCCGCCACCCCCAGCGGUAACCCGGGAGCCCAGUGACCCCCUCACUCCACUCCACCCUCUGAACACCGAGCGGGGCGGGCUCGCGGAACAUUCCAGUCAGCGUGCAUCUGAACGCCCCGACCACCUUCCCCUCCUCGACCACUGAUGUGUCCUCGGGGAUUGUCUGCCGAGCAAGAACUGAACCAGGACUGGUGGGGAGGUGGGCUGUGGGAUUUAAUAGAUGUAAUUUUUGCCCUGGUAACAGUAAGGAAGCCCCCACUCCCCCCGCCCUGCUGCACAUACCCCAACUCCUUGUGUUGGCUUGUGAGCUCAGAGGAGGUCUGUGUGGGUGGGAUGCGGAGGUUGUGCUGGGUGGGGGAGGCGAGGGGGCAGAGAACAGCCUACAGCCCCUCCUUCCUUGCCUCUCCUCUCCCACUUGAUUCCCACCCCUCCUCCACCUUUUGCUCGUCAGCCCCAUCUUUCCAGACCCACUCAGCAAGAACCGAGAGGCAGGGUGAGGCUUGGAAGAGGCAGGCCAAAUGGCCCCCUCUGUGUCACUUGGACAGUGUUCAGAAGAUGAGGCUGGUCAUUGUAGGCUCAGCUCAGAGUGCUCAGCCUUCCAUCGAACAUUAACUUAUUCAAUCGUCUGUCAAUCUUGCCCGAAAGAGGCAAGUGCCCUCCAAACAACUCCCCCCAGCACCUCAACUCUCACCUUUCUCUCAUCGCGUCCUCUGCCGGUUGAGACCCCCCCACUCCCCCUUCUCCCCGGGAGAUUGCCAGCAUCUCCACACUGCGUGGAAGGGAAGAGACGGUCAAAAGUAACUGAUAUCACAGGCUCUUGUGAUUGGUCUAGGGUCAGGCUGAUAGAACCAAGCCCUUGUCCGAAAGGGUGGGAGGGGGGGUGUGACUCCUGGCAGAGGAAACAGUGGCUUCCGUUUCAGGGGGUCUCUGUAUCAUCGCUGGAAGCACGUUGAGCUGAAGAGGCCGAGGCCUGCGCUCGAGAGAGCGUUGGCCGACACAGCGGCUGGUGGGGAUUUCUGCAUAUAUUUUUAUACUUGUGCGUACACGCCAGGGCGAAGCGUGCAUCGCAACACACACACUAGUGUGUGCCCUAGUGUGGGCAUACAACCUGCUUUAAAAAUUGCAGUGGAUUAUUGCACAGCACAAGAGCUAACAAGCAAAAAAAAAAGAGGGGAGACCCCUUCAACAUCUGUGUACUUAGAUCAUAUCAAGCUCCAGCCACUAGUACUGAUCCCGAUAAAGGGCCUCGGCCCGAAACAUUUCCUCCAUAGAUCUGCCUGUUGGAGGUUUAGCUGGAAGACAGUUAGAUGCCAGUGGCUUGCAUCAAUCAUUUAGACCCUGCUUUGUGUAUCCCCAGUGAAUCCAAGGCUUUCAACAGACAAGUGGGGCGGCAGAGAGAGGCAGCAGAGAGGGUGGGUGAGCUGCGGUGUGGGAUCGGAGAGCAGUCUGUAAGAUCUUGAGCAACAUGCUCGUACAAAAUACUGGAGGAACUCAGCCUGUCAGGCAGCAUCUAUGGAGUGGAAUAAAUAGUUAAUGUUUCAGGCUGGGACACUUCAUCAGGGCAGAAACUUCUUCAGGCCUUUACCUCUCUGACCUAUCACCUCCCAGCUUCUAACUUGAUCUCAAUAAAGGGUUUGGCCCGAAACACCUCCCCCAUAGAUGCUGCCUGACCUACAGACUACCUCUAGUACUUUGUGUGUAUGUUACUCUAGAUCUCCAGUAGCUACAGAAUCUUUUGUCUUUAUUACUCUACUUCCCUCUCCCCCCACUCACCUGUCUUCCCCUCCACCUUUCUCCUCCGUCACCCUCCGCCUUCUUAUUCUGGCUUCUGCCCCCUUCCUUUCCAGUCCUGAUGAAGGGUCUCAGCCCAAAGCGUCAACUAUUUACUCCUCUCCAUAGAUGCUGCCUGGCCUGCUAAGUUCCUCCAGCAUUUGGUAUGCGUUGCUCAAGAUUACCAAUAACUGCAGAGUCUCUGGUGUCUCGCCCAGCUCAGACAGUUAACCACUCACUGGGGGAGGAAGCAGAUGCCUCAUUGAAAAUUAACCCGAGGGAUGUUGCAGUCCAGGAUUAGAGGAGCAGACAGCAGGAGAAAUGCUGUGAGUGCCAGAGAGGGUCUGGGAAGAAAUUCCAGACCUGAAGGAACAGAAGUCGGAAAAUACCACUGGCCCCACGAACCUACCCUCCAUUCCGCAUCAUGGCCGAUCUUUUUAACCUCCAAGCCUAACUCCUCAGCUCCCUCAUUCGUCCUUGGAAUAAAGGAUGAUCUGGUGAAGAGAGAGGUUAUAACUGGUUGCAACUACACAGGGAACUGCAGACACUUUGGGACUAGUACAGGGCUCUGCAAAAGGUUGUAGGGAAAAGUGGCCAUGGAGAGAUUUUGGGGAGUGACCUUCCUAAGGUCCGUAAAACCCUAAAGAUGUAGGAGCAGAGUUAAGCCAUUCAGCCCAUUGCGUCUGCUCUGCCAUUCCAUCAUGGCUGACUGACUAUUCCUCUCAAUCCCAUUGUCCUGCCCUCCCCCUAACCAAGGUUAGACCCCGUUUGGAGUGAAAUGUUGCUGGGAGGAAGACACUCCUCCUGAAACCCCUCCUGGCCCUUAAACUGGGUGCUACGGUCUCUCACCCAGCCUUUGUCCCAACUCAAUAUUGGCCCUGUCCACUCAUCCCUGGAUAACACUCAGCCCUUGUUCCAGUCUCUUGUUGACCUCACCUUUCAGCAACCUUUCCAGCCUUCACCCUGUCCAUCACCAGCCUCUCUCCUCCGUCUACUCUCCUUCCCUGCAGCUUCCUGUCUCAGCCCCUUCUUCCCACUCCCUCACCCUCCUCAUCCUCUCCUCUCUCUGGUACUGUGCCUUCACAAUGGCCAAUGCACCCUCCUCUCUCUCUCACACACACUCUACCUAUCUCUCUCUCUCUCUCUCUCUCUUGUUUCAACCUCUUUCUCUCUGACUCUUUCUGUCUCUCUCCCUCUCCCCCCUCUCUCUUUCACUCUCUUCCAACGCCCCAGAUUGACCUGACUCAACAUCACUGGAAAGGACCACACAGUUAACAUCAAGCUGGUUUCAGUUCCCACUUCCAAACAUACCUCCCUCCCUACAAAUUUACUUUGGAGAUCUUUUGUGUCCUUUUCUGUCACACACAAACUCAAAAUUGCCUGCAGUGCCAAUAUCCAGUGCCCCUGAUUUCCACAAUUUGGUUCUUGGAGACUUCCAUUCUGCUUUUAUUGCCCUCUCUAUCUCUUGCCCUAUUUCUCUCUCUCUCUCUCUCUCUCUCUCUCUCUCUCUCUCUCUCACACACACACACACAUCCUAGUCUUGCAGCACCCCCCCCCCCGCCACCUCCAGUAUCUCACCUUCUCUCCAUCUCUUUCCUUCUCCCCCUGGGUGGGGUAAGAAGUGUAGAACAAGGAGGUAAAACACUGAUAUGAGGUGAAAGACUCGGAACCACAUGGUCAGGAUUUAGGUUUACACAAGGGCACCAUGGUAGUGCAGCAGUUAGUGUGACACUAUCACAGUUCAGGGCAUUGUAGGUCAGAGUUCAGUUCCGGCACUGCCUAUAAAGGAGUUUUUAUGUUCUCCUUGUGAACUGUGUGGGUUUCCUCCGGAUACUCUGGUUUCCUCCCACAGUCCAAAGACAGUGGUUAGCAGGUUAAUUGGUCAUUGUAAAUUGUCCUGUGAUUAGUCGAGGGUUAAAUAGAUGGAUUGCUGAGCGGUGCGGUUCAUUGAGUGUGAAGGACCUGUUCCACGCUGGAUCUCUAAAUGCAAUAAAAAAUAAAUAAAUCGUAGUGUAGAGGCAAUGUUAGCCUUUAUUGCCGAGGGGUUGGGUUUCGAAAGAUUCAAGAUUGUUUCUUGAAGUGAGAAGUGAGAAACUGUAAUUAUCCCAGUUUGGGGUGAGGUCCCACCAGGAAGACCACAUGCAUUUUUGGUCUCCACUCUGAAGGUUACACAACACUUACCUCACAGUGAGUGCAAUAUAGAUACCGUUUAUUAGUAUCUGGGAACGAGUGUUGUCCAUUGGGAAAGAUGAGGGUUGGCCUAAUGUUGCUGAAGGUUUGAAGAAUGAGGGGUAAUAUUACUGAGCUGUGUGGAGCUAUGGCCCAGACCAGUACAUCCCAUGCCAUGGAGCUCAGAACAGCCAGCCGGUCUCGGGAGAUGGGUUGGCAACCUGGGACAGAAGCAACGCCCUCUCUGAGGGUUGUGAAUUCCAUGAAUUCUCUCUCCCUGGGAGGUACGAUUACCAAGAAAUUGUGCUGGAAAGUGAGGCAGUGUCGGGAGUCAGGAAUCAGGUUCAGGGGGUUUCCGGGUGUCUGUUGUGACUUGUCCUCCAUUUCCAUCAUUCUGUCCAUCACCAUCACAAACUCUUUGUCCAUCUCUCCCUUUCUCAUGCACACUCUCUUCCCUACCCCUUCUCUGUCCCUCACUCUCUGUUUCCCUCUCUCCCUCACCUUUUUCACAUUUUAUUUCUCAUUUCUCACUUUUUGUUGCUCUCUGAACUUCUGUCCCCCUUUCAUUCUUUGACCGCUCACAUUUCCUGUAUCUCUCUUCCCCCAUAUACUCUAUACAGUAUCUCUGAUCUCCUUACCACACCGUCACUAUCUGGCCUCUGAUGCACUCUUAUCCUCCGAUUUUCUCUCUCAAUCUCUUCUUUCGCUCUGUCUACCCUCCGCCCCACCUGUGUUCUCUUUUUAUGCUUUUCUCUCUCUCUUUCUCACUCUCACUCUCACCCACACCCACCCUCGCUAAGUCGCAUCCCUGUCUCUCGCCCUCUGCCCCCUUUACCCUUGCUCUCUCUAGACAAUCAGACAGUUUCGAUCUGCCUUCCCCCCAACCCUCCUACCUGCUGCCCUCCCGUAGCGGGGGCUGAGACUUCCCACCUCCUCUGCUUGGCUUCCCUCACAUACUGCAUUAUCCUCCACCCUCCCCUCCUACGGCCGCCUCACGGGUGGCCCAGCAGAGACCCCCGAAUCCUCACAAAUCUCUGGCACAGCAAGGGCAGGCAGGGGUUGAAAUAGUUCGGCUGCCAGUCUGUGGUCCCGGAGAAGGCGGGUGUACGCACCGAGACACACCGACGUGGGGCCCACGAUGUCAGCCGGUGCUGUGGAGAGAUCGGGCGAUGGCCUGUCGAUGUGACGAUGGGGAUGCAAUAUAGGUCCUCACUGGUUUUCGAUGCGCAUAUAAUCUCCGUGAACGGACGGAGCAAGGCGGCGUGUGUACGGGUUUAACGGUGGCAGUUAGCUGGCAAGCAGCAAUGGCGUGAUAACUGAGAAAUAAAGACAGUCAGA